AUACUAUGAUAAAAUGAUACUUUUACUGAUUUGUAGGUAUGUACAUUCCUGUUUGUGAUGAUGCUUUGAAGCCAAUGAUUGGUAUGAAAUUCAAUACAUUAGUAGAAGCAGUUGGUUUCUAUGAACAUUAUGCUCGUUCAGUUGGUUUUGGCAUUCGUAAAAUGGGUAACAAAUCAGUUCAAGGUAUUACUAAGUGGCAGUAUUUGGCUUGCAACAGACAAGGCUCUAAGAAUUUUAUACCUGGUCAUGCAUCCCAAUCAACUGAAGUGUCUUUUAAGAAGCGUAGGUGUCGGUCAUUUAGGUGUGAAUGUCUUGCUAAGCUCAAUUUGAGAUAUUAUUCAGAUGGCAAGAGCAGAGGAUAUGAGGUUUAUCAGUUUGUUGAGUAUCAUAAUCACUUAAUGGUUGCGGAUGAGCAUAGGCAUUUUAUGAUGGCCAAUCGCAAUCUGGAUCCUAUUCAUCGGAGGUUUAUGGAGGAUUGUGGCAGGUGUAAUAUUGGUCCCACUCUCACAUUCAAACUUUUGAAGGAGAUAAUGGGUGGACCUGAAAAUGUUGGAUGUGAUAUUAUUGAUAUUAGAAAUGGUUAUCGUGAUAUUAUGUCCAAUAUUGAUGGUUCAGAUGCUCAAAUGAUUUUUGAUUAUAUGCGUUCUCAAAAGGAAUCAUCUGAUGCCUUCUAUUAUGAAAUUGAGAUAGGAUCUCAUGGAAAGUUAACUAGACUCUUUUGGGCUGAUGCUAUUUCAAGACGAAAUUAUCAUAUGUUUGGAGAUGUAAUUUCAUUUGAUUCAACAUACAACACUAACAGGUAUUGCAUGAUUUUUGCUCCAUUCACUGGAAAAGAUAACCAUUCUAGACCAGUUACAUUUGGAGCUGGCUUGUUAUCAAGUGAAGGUAGAGAAUCCUAUUCUUGGUUGUUUGGCUGUUUUGUUCGAUGCAUGGGGGUAGCACCCAAAUUGAUUAUCACUGAUCAAGAUUGGGGGAUCAAACUUGCUGUUCAACAAGUACUUUUACAAACAAGGCACCGAUGGUGUAUGUGGCAUAUCAUGGUUAAGGUGUCAGAUAAGUUGCCCAAAUCUUUACUUGGUAAUGAAGAUUUCAAAAAAGAGUUGAAUGCAUGUGUUUGGUCUGAUUUGUUAGAGCCUGAUGAGUUUGAUAUAAUAUGGAAUGAUAUAAUGGAACGGUAUGGAUUAGAAGACGUGCACUGGUUUGGAUCAAUGUUUGAAGAUAGAGAAUUCUGGGUUCCUGCUUAUUUUCGAGAUUUUCCCAUGGGGUCGCUUCUUAGGACUACAUCGAUGUCUGAAUCGGAGAAUAGCUUUUUUAAAAACUACACAAAGCCACGUGCAAAUCUUGUACAGUUCAUCAAUUUCUUUAAUUAUGCUGUGGGAGAUCAAAGGAAUGCCAAUUCACGAUUGAACUACUUGGAUUACUCAACUAUUCCUGAUUUGUCAACCCAAUUGCCUAUUGAGAAGCAUGCAUCUACAAUCUACACUGAUUCUAUUUUCAAACAUGUACAACAGGAAAUAAGUAUGGUAUGUGAGAUUGUUUCUAUAACUACUGUUGAGGAUAACAUCAAGAUGCAUCAGGUCAAGGACCAAUAUGGUAGAACAUGGGAUGUUAAGUAUGAUUGUAAGCAAGACACAUUCGACUGUAGUUGCAAGAAGUUUUCCAGAAUUGGUUUGUUAUGUUGUCAUAUAUUUUGUUUGUUGAAGAAUAAGUCUGCUAAUCUCAUUCCUGAGAAAUAUUUUGGUCGAAGGUGGUUGAAGAGCUCUUUACUAAAGGCAGCCCAUGGUCUACCAUCUGAGGAACAACAACCAUUUGAACGUGUGCUCCAUUUUUAACCUUAUUUGUAAAAA